CCCGGGGAGAAGAGGUGGAGCUCGGGGAGACCCAGAGAUACACGGACGGACGGACGGACGGACGGAGAGAAAGGAGGAGACUGGGAGAAAAGGGGAGACCCAGGCAGACAGUCUAGCCUGGGAGACAGUCUGGACACAAAGGGUUUAAAACGAGACAAAGAGAAAAGGAGAGACAGUCAGAGAGAAAGAAAGCUAUAGAAAAAGUGAAAUAGAGAGCGAGCAAGAAAGGAGGGCCAGAAGAGGAAAGAUUGUGGACAAGCAGCUAAAAGCAAUGGCAACUAGCAGCGCCAGCAGCGAGGAGGAGCGGAGCCUCCGGGAGUGUGAGCUCUAUGUCCAGAAGCAUAAUAUCCAGGCACUCCUCAAGGAUUCCAUUGUGCAGCUCUGUACUGUUCGGCCUGAGAGACCCAUGGCAUUUCUUAGGGAAUACUUUGAGAGACUGGAGAAGGAGGAAACAAAACAGCUCCAGACUCUGCAGAAAGCAAGUGCCCAUUCUGAAUCAAGGGAAGAAGAAAUUUCUCCUCCACCUCCCAAUCCAGUGGUUAAGGGUCGGAGGCGAAGGGGGGCUAUCAGUGCAGAGGUGUAUACUGAGGAAGAUGCUGCAUCAUAUGUUAGAAAGGUUAUUCCAAAAGAUUACAAGACUAUGGCUGCUUUAGCUAAAGCCAUUGAGAAGAACGUAUUGUUCUCACAUCUUGAUGACAAUGAGAGAAGUGAUAUUUUUGAUGCCAUGUUCCCGGCCUCCUUUAUUGCUGGAGAGACUGUAAUUCAACAAGGUGAUGAAGGAGAUAAUUUCUAUGUGAUUGAUCAAGGAGAGAUGGAUGUCUAUGUCAAUAAUGAAUGGGCAACCAGUGUUGGAGAAGGAGGGAGCUUCGGAGAACUUGCCUUGAUUUAUGGAACACCUAGAGCGGCAACUGUGAAAGCAAAGACAAAUGUGAAAUUAUGGGGCAUUGACCGAGACAGCUAUAGGAGAAUCCUUAUGGGAAGCACAUUGAGAAAGCGUAAGAUGUAUGAGGAAUUCCUCAGUAAAGUUUCUAUUUUAGAGUCUCUGGACAAAUGGGAGCGUCUCACAGUAGCUGAUGCAUUGGAACCUGUUCAGUUUGAAGAUGGGCAGAAGAUUGUAGUGCAAGGAGAGCCAGGAGACGAGUUCUUCAUUAUCUUAGAGGGUUCAGCUGCUGUGCUUCAGCGUAGGUCGGAGAAUGAAGAAUUUGUUGAAGUGGGAAGAUUGGGGCCCUCUGAUUAUUUUGGUGAAAUUGCACUUUUGAUGAAUCGUCCACGAGCUGCCACAGUGGUUGCUCGUGGCCCCUUGAAAUGUGUUAAACUGGACCGACCCCGAUUUGAGCGUGUUCUCGGUCCCUGCUCAGACAUCCUCAAACGCAACAUCCAGCAGUACAACAGCUUUGUAUCACUGUCUGUCUGAAAGGUGGCUCCCCCUGCUUGAGCCCAUACUUCACCAGUCCUUUCCUCAUUUGCAGCACCACAUGGCCAUUGUCAUUGUGGCUUCCUGUCUGUUUAUGUAAAAAAAAGAGAAAACAGUUGCUUUCAUUGCACCAUUUUUAAUUUAGAGCAUUAGUUGACGUGCUCUGUGUCCAGUUAAAUAAAUAGAGUUAUAUGGAGACAUUGCUGUUACUGCUUCUCUUUGUGCAGUGUUAGUGUCCAACUUUUGGCAGUGAGUGCCAUGCUUUUUGGUGAGGGCAGAUCCCAGCACCAAAUGAAUUGCCAUAGAGUAAGAAUAUAACAGUGGAAAAAUUUUUAAAAAUGAAACAUUUCCAAUUAUUAUAAGCAUAUUUUAUGUGCUCAUAAUCUGCUGUUUUUCAUUAAACAAAUGACUCCUUACUGAGCUUCUCUAAAGAUUAAAAAAUGCAUGGGUACUCAUUCUCAGUGCAAUGGAGAGGCAUUUGCUUAUAGUCAAUUGGUAGUUUAGUGAUAGCUGGAAAUGUGCCCAUUGUCUGCUGGUUUUCAAAUGAUUUAAUAUGUUUGGUUUGUUAAAAACCUCCACAUUUUUUGAUUGUCAUGCUUAAUUGCUUCUGUUCACACUAGAUACUGAUGUAACUUCCCUAAUUUAUAGAAAAAGCUUUUCUGCUUGACAUGUUUUCAACUGCCAUUAGCAACUUUUCAGCCCGAUUCCAAAUCUUAGAAGCAAAAACUGGACUAAUGUUUAACUACAUUUGUCCAAUGAUUCACAAAUUAUAGAAUGAAUCCUUUAUUUACGCAGUUAGUGCCAAAUAUUAAGUGUCAGGCAUUGGACUCAGUAAAAGAAUUUGAGAUAGAUAUUCUCUCUGUUCUCACCUUGUAGCCUUUGCUUCUUGCAUAUCCUUCAUUUGACUUCUGUAUAAAGUUCUCUGCCUGAUUCCAGGAGAUGGGUUUAAUUGGGAGUGUAUACAUGUGGAAAACCUGUCACCAUGGAUUAACGGAGGUGCAGUUGUCUAAUGUGGGAACUGUGAGGUGGAUCAAGUGUGGUGUCAGGUACCUUUUCUUGUCCCUAAAAAUGCAUAUGAUUUAAUUUUUUUUCUCCGGUGUUAACCAGAAGUAAUGCUAGGUUGGGAGCAUGUGUGUUUGUUUUUAAGUUUAUGUAAAAUGCCAUGUCAGGCUUCCUUUCCCUUUCCACCUAAAGUUCUGUGACAAUUUUUAUUUUAAGUAAAACUUUUCUGAGUCUUUAAUAUAUUUCAAUAUUUACCAGCUUUGUUACAUUAUUCUAAGUAUGUCAAUGAUUCUCAGCAGUUUUUUUAAACAAAAUUUCAGUUUCAUAAUGUAAGCAAUUUUAAGGUUUCCUUUUCGUUGUAAUCUUAUAGAGGGAAGUUCAACCUGGGAGUAAGAGCAAGCAUUCUUGUGUUUGUACGCAGGAGGCUUUAAUAAUGCUUUCUGUUUUUUCCUGGGUGUUUACAAUGGUCAUGGUGUAUUUUGUUCUAAAAUUUAAGUGGUUUUCAGACUGUUGGUUGUAAAAUUUAUUUCUAAGGUAUGAGCCUUGGGAAGGUAAAAAGUCACCAUGUAUAAAUCUGCUUUUCAAAAGAAUGUCGAGUGAAGGUUUCUACUGCUUACCUUCAUGUAUGAGUAUCUUUUUUUUUUUCCAAUUUAAAAAAUUAUUUUUUUUAUCUGUAUCUAGAUUUUUCUUCUUACAUUAGUUACUGUAAAGACUGAUCCAUAUCAACGUGUCAGAAGUGUACCUAAAUGAGUUUAGAAUGCCACAGAAAUGCACACUUUCCAGUAUAUAUUUGUAUAGAUCUAUAUACAUGUAGCUUUACCUGUUCAGAUAAAUAUAAUAAUGCUUGCAUCCUAAUUAGGUUUCCCUGCUGAAUCUUUUAACUUGCGGUUUAUACUCCUUUUGUAGGUUUACCUAAAAGAUUUUAAGAUAAGCUAAGUCUAGGUUAAAUAUUAAUCAGUGCUAGCAUUGUGUGCAGUUUAAAUACGUGUGAGAAACCACAAUUGGCAUAGUUACUGUAGCUAACAUUCAGGCCUUUAGAACUCAUUUUUUAAAAGCUCCAUUUAGCUACAGCCCUAGAAAGCAAACAGCAGAUGACCAGUGGACCAUUUUUGUAUUGUUACCUAUCAAUCUGUAUACUUUAUAUCCUAAUAUAUUCUAUUGCUUUUGUUAAAGAUUGUCCUAAUGGCAGAUUAAGCAAAUAAAAAUGAUUUAAAUUAUUAAAUAUAAUCAUAUUCCCCCCCUUCAAUAAUAAUCUUUUAUCCAAGCAAACAGAAAUGAUUAUAAUUAGAAGUUAAUUAGGGGUAGGACUGUGUUAAUAUACUAAGAAGAAUUUAAUUUCAGAGAGACCCAUUUCAGUCUUUACCAACCAAAGAAUGGAUCUGAAAUAUAUUUUGAUGAUAAAUUUGCUGCAAGAGAGUACUGUGCCUGUCAGUCUUGGCAGACUACAUUAAUCAUAGCAUCUUAAAGCUGGAAAGGGACCUCCAGAGCAGAAACAGUUUUUUCCACUCUGAAGGCAAAACGUUUGAGCUUUUUUCCCUAGACUUUUUUAGGAAAAACUAGAACCGAAACAAUAGUUCCUGAGUCAGCAUAUUAAUUUAGUGUAAUUACAGCUUGACACAUUGCUUAGCUUUAUAUUUAUCUUCACUCUAGCUUUGCUUCCAGUUGGUCACUCUUCAGAUGUCUGACCGUAGGCAGAAGGCUUAUCGUGUGUUAAUAUACACAGCAGUUUAGUUCAUGUGAAUGUAUUUAUCUAUCCUCCCAUGUAAUGGAACUUAAGACUAGUAUAUUCAGAUGUUGUCAAGAAAGAUUUUUUUCAUUAUGUUGCUUUCCAAGGCAAACAGCUUAAACAUGUUCAGUAUUGUUUUGGGGGCCAUGGACAAAAUAGAUACAGCCAAAAGAGAAUCCAACUCAACAGCAGUUUCUUUGGGUGGAUCCCUAGUUAUAUGUGCCCUUUGCCAAAGCGGAGCGCUAAAAUGAUAGCUCAUGUUGGAGCUUUUCUUCUCCAGGGCAGAGUCUGUGUCUUACUCCCUUUUGUAUCCCCCAUGGUGCCUUCCAUAUAGUAGGAGCUCAGUAAAUAUUUAUUGAAUUUUCACCAACAUCAUAUUGCUAUAGUUUUCUUGACAUGAUUUUGUGAUUUUAAACUGAAUUUUAAAAACAGAAACAUUUUUACCCCAAACUGUAAAUUUAUAACUAAAAGUGCUGUUUCUUCCCAUUUUUCCCAGGAUUGCGUAAUAUAUGGAGUACCCUCAGAAUCAGAAAGGCCUGGAUUUAAGUCCCACCUCUAAUAAAUAUUGCCCAUGUGCCCCUCAAUAAGUCUUUUAAGACUAAAUUACAGUGCAGUGGCCUAUUUGUAUUGGUAACGUGAAUUAGUUCCCUACACCAAUGAAAUCACAGGUCUGGACCAAAAAAAAAUUCCCAAUAGAAUUCCCAAUAUUCUAGAUGAAUUAAAGUGACACUGAGGAAUGCAUGUCUAGAUAGCUCCUUAUUACACUCCCCAAAACUUGUGUCAUAAAAGUUGUUGAAGUCUGUAGACCUGAGGAUAAGAAGGUGAUUUGGGUUUCUUUUUUCCUCCUAUCACAGAAUAUUUUCCAUGAGAACCAGCUUUGAUAUACAUACAUAGCUAAAAUUGUUUUCUUGACUUCAGGUCUGUGACCUUAUUGUUAGCCUACCCUAAAAUUAAACCACUAAUAAAUCCAACUCAAUUCAUCUUGCAAAGCAAUUCCUACCUGUUCAUUUUUUUUUUAGAAAGCUUAAAUAACUUUCUGAGUUAAGCAACAAAAAGCUACCACUAGAUGGAGAACUUUAAUUUUUGUUAACUAUUUUUGUUCCUCAAGCUCCUUUGAACUUAACAAGUUGUACCCUUCAACCUUAUAUUUGGAGAAAGCUGAAACUAAUUUUCAUUCUUCCCCCUACAUGGUCCUGUUUGGUAUUGGCAGGAAGACCAUGAAGAAGGUUUUAUUUAGAGAAGGAAAUGUGUUAAUUCACAGGAAGUUAAGCAGGAGUUUGUCGACCAGAAAUCACUCAAAAUGCACAUGUUGGAAGUUAGUUCUAAGAUUGGCACUUUUGGUUUUCUGGUAUUUUUGACGAAUGAAAGCAAAAGCCCACCUCAUUCCCUUUGAAUUUUGGUCAGAAAAUGUAUUGGAAUAUCAAGGAUGAAGAAAAAGGUGUCCAGUACCCUGUGCAGCCAAAUUUAAAUUCUUAGCUCAACUUACCAUUUUCUGGACCACCUCCAGUGCUUCUAAUUGGAUUUUGUGAGUCCAGAGACAAAAGGGGGGGGGGGGGAAUGCAGGAUUGGGGAAAAAAAAUUCUUCCCCUUUCUGAAAACAUUAAAAUGUUAGUUGAUUAAGGUUGUCGUACUGCCUCUGUUCUGCCCCAUCUCUCUCCUUGCAGAGGCAACAAACUGUCUUUUGGUGCUUCAAAACUAGCCAAAUUUGUAAUAUUUGUGUAUUUGUAGCAGUUAAGUGACUCAUUUUAAGGCUGUAAUAGGGCCGUGCUAGUCUGAGGUUCUACCACUGUGACCCCUCAGCUGAAGAGUAGCUUCUAUCCCUUGAACCUGGACCUUUCCUGUACCUGUUUAGUAUUUCUUCUGAUUGUCCUGUUUCCUAAAGCAUGCAGAUGAGAUAAAUAGGAAUGAUGGCUAAUGAACUAGGAAGCCUUGUGCAGAACAGUAAUAUCUCAAAUUCUCAGAAUGAAGCUAUUUUAAAAUUAAUGUGGCUAGAGUAAAAAUAAAAGAAACCUUGAUGAAUAGCAUGAAGCAGUAUUGUGACAGACUCCUAAGUUGUGUGUGCAGGGAAAAAAGUACCCCCUCACACACCUUGUUUUGACAGUUGAAGGUAAUGGCUCACACUGGACAGGAAAACCCUUUAAGCAUCUGGAAUCAUCCUACCAUACUUUCUUAAUAGCCUGUCAAAACAGGAAAAGAAUUUGUUAGUCUCAUUUGUCAAGUGAUGACACUUUAGGAUAGAUGUCAGUGUGGUACUUAAACUAAGUAAUUGCAUUUUAGGUCUUUAUUUCUGGAAUGAGACUAACCCCUGUUAAAAGAAUUUCAGACUUCAGAAAGUGGGUAGAGAGGUAUUUAGGAAAUCACAGUAUGUGUAUUUGUGUUUCCGGCCCGCCCUGAAGAUAAACUCAAUUUAGAUCAUUAGGAUGGUUGGGGGGACAUGAUCAAUUAGUCUCUCUGAGGAGAAUUUUAGGGACUAAGUCAUCUAUGGCUAAUAAAAAUCUUCUACUGGGAGCUGCUAGGGACAGAGGAACAUAUAAUCCACCACUGUCUUCUAGCAGACUCAACCUUUCCCUGUUUGUGCCUGGGUUAGCUCCCUUUCUUUCCUUCUUGUAUCCCAAGGCUCUCAUACAUAUUUUGUCUUGUGGAAUAUUCAGCAUUAAAUACUGUCUAAAAUAAUGUACUUUUCCCUUUUCUGAUGUCCAGAAAGAUUCUUACUGUAUUUUAAACCUACCUCACAGGGUUGUUGUGAGGUUAAAUGUAUGUGAUGCUAUUUGCAAACUUUAAAGCUCUCUCUAUAACUGUUGUUAUCUCUGCCUCUGCUAACAAAGCUUCUGAUAAAGUGUGUCUUUGGAAUGCA